AUGAUUCUUCUAUUCUCACUUCCGAUUAUUGUUUUAGCUUAUGUACUGUGCAGAAACAUCAAACUUUAUUAUGAUCUUCAUAGACGUGGGUUGAACCCUCAAUUCGACAUUUUCGGGAUCAAAGGAUUGAUGUGGCUGGACAGCUCUGCAGCUCAUGAAAAUUUCACACGAAUGUGCUCGGUUAUCGGUGACAAAACGUUUUCUGUGCUCCGCGGAGCAACACCUGUCGUAGUGACCAAUGAUGUUGACCUAAUUCAUGCAAUUUCAACAGAACAUUUUGAUUGUUUUCAUUCAAGAAUACCGGAAGUGCUUUCCGAUGACCCCAUUACAUCAGAGAAUAUUCACAUGUUUUCUGCAAAAGGUGAACGUUGGAAGCGUCUUCGUACCCUGACAAGCUAUGGACUAUCAACUGUGAAACUGAAACUAUUGUUCCCAACUAUCGAAACGUGUGUGUCUGAAUUUUUGGAUCACGUGAACAGUCUUUCAAAUGGUCAUAGUGUUGUGAUCAAUCAUUCCCACAGUCUUUUUCAAAAUCAUACUUCUUAUGUGCUAGCCAGAUGUGCUUACGGUCACAAGGAGAAGAACCAUCGGGUGAAUAAGUUUUUGGGGGUUUUCUCCAAUGCAUUCGGUGCUUUCUCAGAUUUCCAAAAAUCCACUGCAGAAAAAAUCACAUAUUUCUUCCCAGAAAUGAGGCUAAUUUUCAAAAAUAGUUUUGUUGGCCACUUUCUACAAAGUGCAAAUCAACAAAAGUUUUUGGAUUAUUUACUUCAUUUAAUCUCAAGAUUCCGAUCUCGCACAAUUAAUGAGAACAACAAUAAGCCAAGUGAGAAAGAACCGGACAACUACAGUCUUUUGGAGUUCUUCUUUGAUCAUCAUGACGAAAAAAAAUUGGUGGAAAAGGCGGAGGGACAGAUAGACAUGAAGAAAGUGAAAGUCGAAAAAAGUAUCUCCUAUCAGGAAAUCACUGCACAGUGCAAAUUCUUAUCGGUUGCUGGGUUUGACACAACUGCCAAUACGCUAACAUUGCUUUUCAAUUUUUUGGCUCACAAUCCAAAAAUUCAAGACCGAAUUUUCAAUGAGGAAAUGAAAAGUCAUUCGGACAAAAUCGACUUUGAAACUGUCUGUUCCCUCCCACUGUUACAGAAUUGCAUAUUCGAAACUCUUCGAUUGUUUCCACAUGCCUCUCCACUGCAAACUAGGAUCUGCACUGAACCUUUACAAAUCGGAAAAUACGAGUUCUCUGAAAACAUUCAAGUGGUAAUCAACCCAUGGGGACCUCAUCACGAUCGAGACAUCUGGGGAGAUGAUGUUGAUUGUUUUCGGCCAUCGAGGUUUGAGAAGCUGACAGAACAACAAAGAAAAGCAUUCAUGCCAUUCGGUGUCGGACCGAGACAAUGCGUUGGAAUGCGAUUCGCAUUACUUGAACUGAAGACGACAGCAUUCCGAAUGCUUCAAAAAUAUGUUGUCAAAACGACACUACCGGUUAAUGAUAGUCACGGAAAAAUGGUGAAUAUGACUGUUCGAGAUACGGGAACAAUUUGGCCAACGGAUAAACUAGGUAUCAUUCUGACGAAACGAAAUAUCUAA